AUGGGACUCCGCACCCCCCCCCCCCAUUCCGGCCACCGCAUCGGGCCCGGACCGCGUCCCCAGCCGUCCGGGGGGGAUGAUCCAGGUAUCAUCCUGUCCGUCUCAUUGCGCUGCAUCCGACCGUGCCAGUCACCAACUCCUAAUCCACCAGCGUGGCCGCGAAACCCGCGUGCACCCGUUGGGAUUGGCUCGCCUAACUGGUUUUGCCAGGUGGCCUGGGUCGCCUGCUUGACCUCUCCCUGCUUGGAUUCCUGCUGGAUUGCCCGCCCCGAACUUGGUACCCGCCGGUGUGCAGGAUCCCGCGGGGAUCGCGCCCCCCGCACCCAACUGGGACAUCCACAGGAUCCACCGGACCCACCAACGCCGCCGGCGACGUCCCACCCUGACCAUUGCCAGCGGCUGCGGCCGGCUGCAACCCAACCAGUCACCACGCUGGAUCUCCACAACGGCAGCUGCCGGCGAUAG